UUGCCGGUCGUUCGAUGUGUCAUAAUGCAUUGUGUCUCCUAAUGGGAUAUUUUUAUCCGAAGGCGUGACGAAAUUGCGAGUAAUUACACGCUGACAUAUAAAACGGUUAAACAACGCAUUUUUGGUGCAGUACUUAUUUUGAUCUGCAGAUGGCAGCCGGAUAGGCGUUCUCUUAACUGUCAGCUGCAUCAGUCUUAAUAGUGUUAAAGAGUCGAGACAAAUUAAAAAGAUGAAACGAAAAAUUCUUCGUAGUAAAAAAGUUUUUAAAAUUAAGUAAACAGUGCGUACGCAUAGUUAAAGUGAAAAGACUGACAAGUGUAAAGUUUGUAAGGUUAUAAUUGUUUGUUUACAUAAGAAAAAUGACAACCACAAUCGAGAAUUACGAGGGUUCGCGGCUUUUCGCCGGAUUAAGCAAGAAAACCGGAGUGCCGAUCGACCAAGUGAACUUUUUUAUGACCCAACUUGUUGCUCUGCUGCUGGCCUCGGUGUAUCGGAAGUUUUUACGCCCAAGUGACACAGGUACCGUAAUUAGACACUUAUAUGGACUGAUUGUCGGUUUCUCCCUCAUUUACUUCUGCUACGGGGUGCAAACCCUCCAUUUGUUAUCUUUAUCGGCAGCAGGUUAUGUCAUAUUAAUAACUCAACGCCCACAAGUGCUCCACGUUUGGGUUUUUGCAGUGUCCAUGACCUAUCUUUCGGUGAUGCAUGUUUACCGAAUGUAUGCAAAUUAUGGCGGGACCAGAAUCGAUAUUAGCGGCCCUUUGAUGGUUUUGGUGCAAAAAUUAACUAGCCUGGCCUUUAGCGUGCACGACGGCUACACAAAAACAGAGGAAGCGAUGACCGAAACCCAGAAAAAAUUGGCCAUAACUGCAAUUCCCUCCCCUUUGGAAUAUUUUAGUUACGUAUUGUUGUUCCCUUCUGUAAUGGCAGGCCCUAUUAUAUACUACAACGACUAUAUGGGUUUUAUUGAAGGCAGCGAUGGUUCUUCGAAUUAUAGUCCGUCCAAAAUCGUAUUAAAAAAAGUGUUAAUUGCCUGCUCAUGCUGUGCAAUUUUCGUAAUUUGCAACCCGUUUUUCCCCAUCGCCAAGUUAAAAACCGAAUGGUUUUUGGAGAGCACGACAAUAAGCUACAAAUUUUUCUAUCUGUCUAUUUGCACAAUGCUGGCGAGAUUUAAAUAUUAUUUCGCGUGGAUUAUCGCUGAUGCCAUUUGUAAUAAUUCCGGUAUUGGAUUUAAUGGUCUAAACAGUGAAACGAGGCAAGCUAAAUGGGAUAAAGUCUCCAAUAUAGAUAUUUAUGGGUUUGAAUUUGCCACCAGUCUAAAGGACGCGAUCACAGCAUGGAAUAAAGGCACCAAUGUGUGGUUGAGAUUCAUUGUGUACGAAAGAGUUGAGAAAAAUCAAGUUUUAUUGACUUACGGACUCUCCGCUGUGUGGCAUGGUUUCCACCCUGGAUACUACAUGACGUUCUUUGGAGGGGCCAUAUUCACGCAAGCCUCAAGAAUAAUUAGAAAAAAUGUGCGGAGUUACUUUGUAACAAAUGUAGAAAUGAAAAAAAUGUACGAUAUAAUGACUUUCCUCGUGACAAGAUUCAUGAUGGCCUAUGUAACGUUCCCAUUUAUAUUAUUGGAAUUUUGGGCGUCCGCUGCAAUAUACAAUAAACUUUACUGGCAUUUACAUAUUGCAGCACUUUUCGUUAUAAUUUUGGUGCCAAACUGCCUUCCCAGAACACUGGCCGCCAAUCCAGUCAAAAACGAGGAUAACGUUAAACUUGUUAAGGCACUCCGAUCGGGCUCCUAUAGGAUAGACUGAUUUUUAUUUAGUAUUUAACUAUAAAGUAUACGGUUGUUUUUAUAGCUAACAGAUUAAAAUUUUAUUGUAAAUAGCAAUAUGUAAAAUAAUAAAAAACAAAUUCAAUCUGCAGUUUACUCAUCUAACUAACUAACUAAAUAAAAAUUC